GGGCAGCUGGCCCAGGCUUUGGGCAGCGAGAGGGAGGGAGCGCAGGCCACGGGAGCGGGAUGGAGAUCAGCAGCCUGCGGCCCCCGAGGCCCAGUCCCAGCCCAGGGCUGAGCCUGGACGCCCGUCUGGGCGUGGACACGCGCCUGUGGGCCAAGGUGCUGUUCACCGCGCUCUACUCGCUUAUCUUCGCUCUGGGCACUGCAGGCAAUGCGCUGUCCGUGCACGUGGUGCUGAAGGCGCGGGCCGGCCGCCCCGGGCGCCUGCGCUACCACGUGCUCAGCCUGGCGCUUUCGGCGCUGCUGCUGCUGCUGGUCAGCGGGCCCAUGGAGCUCUACAACUUCGUGUGGUUCCACUACCCCUGGGUCUUCGGCGACCUGGGCUGCCGAGGCUACUACUUCGUGCGCGAGCUGUGCGCCUACGCCACGGUGCUCAGCGUGGCCAGCCUGAGCGCCGAGCGCUGCCUGGCCGUGUGCCAGCCCUUGCGCGCCCGCAGCCUGCUCACGCCGCGCCGCACCCGGCGCCUGCUGUCGUUGGUCUGGGCCGCCUCGCUCGGCCUGGCCCUGCCCAUGGCGGUCAUCAUGGGGCAGAAGCACGAGCUGCAGACUGCGGCCGGGGAGCCCGAGCCCGCCUCGCGCGUAUGCACCGUGCUGGUGAGCCGCGCCACGCUCCAGGUGCUCAUCCAGGUGAACGUGCUGGUGUCCUUCGUGCUCCCUUUGGCUCUAACUGCUUUCCUGAACGGGGUCACCGUGAACCACCUGAUGGCCCUCUCCUCCCAGGUGCUAUCACCUUCUGCUCCAGGCAACUCCAUUCCCAGCCGCCUGGAGCUACUGAGUGAGGAGGGUCUCCUGGGCUUCAUCGCAUGGAGGAAGACCCUCUCCCUAGGGGGCCAGGCAAGCUUGGUGAGACACAAGGAUGCCAGCCGGAUCCACAGCCUCCAGCACAGCGUCCGGGUUCUCAGAGCCAUUGUGGCCGUGUACGUCAUCUGCUGGCUGCCGUACCAUGUCCGCAGACUCAUGUACUGCUACGUCUCUGAUGAUGGUUGGACUGAUGCACUCUACGAUUUCUAUCACUACUUCUACAUGGUGACCAACACACUCUUCUAUGUCAGCUCAGCAGUGACCCCUGUCCUGUACAAUGUUGUGUCCUCCUCCUUCAGAAAGCUCUUCCUGGAAGCCCUCAGCUCCCUGUGUCGUGAGCACCACCCCAGGGCACCAUUAUCCCUGGAAGCCCCAGAGCCUGUCCCUAAUGGAUACAGCUUCAGGCUUUGGGAGUCCCCAGAAACCCAGACCUGGAUGAAAUACAAGAAUGACCCAUGCAAACAAGGUGACUGA